AUGUCAGACGUCAAAUCGAACGCGGAGGCGCUGGUGCCCAGAUUCAAGCUCGACCGCAUCCUCAAUCAAGAUCAAGCAGGUCGUCGCAUCUCUCUCUAUGGAUCCAUUGACAACGAACCGGCCCUUUUGGUCCUCGAACGUGCUCCCUUUCCUACGUCACAGACAUAUCUCGCCGAUGUGCCUGCCCAGCUCGCGAGGGUGCAGAAUCUGGGCGCCAACGAUAUUUACCACUGGUAUAUGGGCCGUAGCGGCGCCGACACAAGCAAGCCUGACGACACCGACUUCUUCGCCGACCUUAAAAUCAACUUAAUCUACCCCUGCACGGAAACACAUGUCAAGAAAUACAGCAAGCAAGGCGUGCGGUUCGUCACGGAGACACCGGAGAUUUACAGAGAUCAUAUUCGUCCAUAUAUGCUCAGCAAGAGAGAAGAGGGCCGACUUAAUUGGGUAUUCAACAUUAUUGAAGGACGAAAAGAGGUGGAGGACGUUAUCUACAGAACGAAGCUGGGCGAGGCUGGUGACGAGGGCUUCCUUAUGCUGCCGGAUCUCAACUGGGACCGCAAGACGCUCGACGCGCUGCAUCUGCUGGCGCUGGUCGAGCGACGGGAUAUCUGGUCGCUGAGGGACCUCCGCAAGAAGCACAUUCCCUGGCUGCAGCACAUGAAGGCCCAUCUCAUCGACGCCACCGUCAAGACGUACCCUUCCAUCGAGCCCGACCAGUUGAAGCUCUACGUACACUACCAGCCGACCUACUACCACUUCCAUAUCCACGUCGUACAUGUGCAACUUGAAGCGGGGGCCACUCAGGCAACGGGCAAGGCGGUCGGGAGAGGCGAGUGA